AUGAGCGCCAUCCGUCGACGUCUGGCAUGUGUCGAAUGCACGCGGAGGAAGAUCCGCUGCGACAAGGUUGUACCGUGUCGCAAUUGCACCCGACGAAACAUCACCUGCUCCCGCGCGAGAGGCAACGACGAUGAAGUCGAGCGACUCCAAGCCCGCGUCCAGGAGCUGGAAUCCGCCCUCAGAGACGCCACUGAUACGCCCUCCCAAACCCUAUCCGGGUCUGAGCUCACCCGCCAUGAUAGCACAACGCCCGCCCCCGAGGGAGUGGAGUCCCCCGAGCGCGAAAUGGCGGACGCCGCCACCAUCCUGGAGUUCCUCGCCUGGGGCCGACGGAAGAACCCGGCCUACCACGACAUGCUGGCCCGCGAGAACGGUGUCGAGCAUCAAUCCCCCGGCGACGUGACCAGUAGAGACGAAAUAAACCCCGAGCUCGGCGCCGCCCUGGGCUAUCUUCAGCUCCUCCUGCCGCACCGCGACCUCCUCCAGCAGCUCGUCACCUACCACUGCGAAUGCGUCCUCUGGUACCACGGCUCCUUCCACUCUCUCCGUCUGCAAGACGACAUCGACGCUUUCUACCGCAUCGCCAACGGCCGAAUAUCCCACCCCCGCGUCGACUUACAAUGGGUUGCCCUGCUCUUCUCCGUCCUCACCGGCGCCCUCGCCUGCGCUCCCCGCAACACCGCCCAAGCCUGGGGCGUCUCCAGCUGGGAGCAAACGCCCCUGGCCCAGCGCUGGUUCAAAGCCGUGUCUACCUGCCUCCACCACGCAGACUUCACCGCCAUCCACUCCUCCUACGCCGUGCAAGCCAUCGCGACCCUGACCAUGUCCGCCCACCUCCUCGGCUUCUCCAACAGUCUCUCCGUGCUCCUCGCAGCCGCAACUCGCAUCGCGCAAGGGCUGGGGGUACACCGUCUAGGCCCGGAACGCGAAGACACAGCUACUCCAUCGUUAAUCGACCGCGAAAUCGGUCGAAGAGCAUGGUGCCAACUCUGCAUCCAGGACUGGUUCUCCAUCCCCUUCUCAGAAAGCUAUCUCAUCCCGCGCGGAUGCGUCAACACCGCCCGUCCACGAAACUGCCACGACGAGGACAUGCGGAAGCUCUCCGAUGAUGAACCGACCCUGACAAACUACUCCCGCUUCUUCUACCAAGUCGCAGCCCUCAUGCCCUCCCUCCAAGAUAACAUGACCGCCUCCAACACGCUUUAUACCCGCUACGAGAAAGUCCUCGAACACGACCGUAAGCUCCGCGCUCUCGCCACGCAGAGCCUCCCCUUAUACCUCAGAAACAUCCCCGUAGAGGACCACCCCGAGUGGCCCCGCUACGUCCCCUGGGCCCGUCGCAGCUUAGCCAUCAGCUCCUCCCACAAGAUCAUCAUGAUCCAUCGCAAGUUCCUCGAAUUGAGCUUCACCAACCCGGUCUUCGCCCGCACACGCAGGACGUGUGUCGCUGCCGCCAGAACUAUCAUCAAGGAGCAGAAAGAGGCUAUUCAUGAUAGCGGACCCGUCUUGUGGAUUCAUCAUGCUUUUAGUGUCGCUGCUAGUAUAAUCCUCUGUCUAGACCUCUUUCACCGCCCCCCCUCAGACCCAGAAACAACCUACCACCGCCAACUCAUCCACGACGGCCUAGAGAUCCUCUCGCACAGCGAAUCAAACAUGAUCGCCCGUCGCGGCGUGCACCUCCUCGAGGCUUUACUCGCUCGAGAACGCGACAGAAACGAGGUCACUCAUUUACCUUCUCCGCAGCAUGAGCGGGACGGGACCGGUUACGCGCACGCUCACGGCGACAGCGAUCUCGAUCUGGAUCUGGUGGGUGUGAUUCGGUCGUUUUGUGAGGAGGGGAGGUGGUCAAGGACCCGCAGUCGGACGCUUUCCCGGGAUGGGAGUCAGGGAUGGCCGCCUGUUGAGCGGGUUGGGGGGUCCAGGAAGGGACAGGCGGAGUCGUCGACGGGGGCGACGUCGCCGUCGUUGGAGGGGUUGGCCAUGUCCUACGGGUUGGAGUGUGCGGAGAGCUUGGAGGAUAUCCUGGUGUUGGCGACGAAUUACGCUAAUUAA